GGUUACUCUAAGACAGGUUGGGCUGUCUUUGUAAAGUUGUAUUAGUGCGAACACGGAGGAAAAAAUAAAACGUCAGUUUUCGCAUGAAAAUUCAUUUUUCGAAAUUUUUUAUCUCCGUGCACAGUUGAAGAGGAACACUGUGACGUCACAAAGUUUGUUUUUCCUUUGAGCUAAGUGGCAGACGGGCGAUUUUGAGUUAGUUUUGAGGAAUCGGUAACGAUAUUCCGUCCCAUCUUGACUAAAAUUAUCGCAAAAUAGUCGAUAAUCGUAACGGAAGGUAAUUUGCAGCAUAAUUAUUUUAUCAGGACAUGUUUUAAUUUAAUCUUUCCUCCAAAUCUAGCCUCACGCACUCAUCAUUGUCGGCUGUUCCUGACCGUCUUCUCCGACUCGGACCGAACCAAUCUAAAGGACAUAUUCCGCGGCAACAACGGGGCGACUGAGUGCAUGAAUGCACCGGAGUGUACGUAACGUGGCAGGACUCACCCACCGCGGCGUGCACCAACUGCGUCGAAACGGUUCACUUUGUCGACGAGUUCCGGAACCUGUGCAGACAGUCCAAUUGAAGUUUUGAUCGGGCGACGUUUGGUGGAGUGACCGGGUUUGGUCCGGCACGAUGGAAGAGCUUCUCGUAUCAUUUUAGGAAGUUGCUGGAACCGCAGCAGGAGGAGGAUGUUGGCGUAAGUCGUUACUUGCCGGAGACGGUGUUUGUGAAGGGUCAACAAGGAGCAGCCGAGGCUGGGUUCGAGUGGGAGGACGUCGAAGAGAUGGUGGCCAUUAAGCAGGAGGUUGGCAGCGAUGACGAGGAUGAUGUUGAAGAAGGCAUGGAGGAGGGAUGCGAUGAUAAUGGUGCUCCGCGACAGAAAAGAACACGAGUCAACUGAGAGUUGGAUUCACUUAUGCUGGCCAAAGCAAUUCAUAGACGUUCGGUGCUGAGGAAUGCAAAUCAGGAUGGUCACUGGCAGUCGUACCAGCGAGAUCGUGCUUGCCACGGAACUGAACAAGGACAAACUGAAGAAAAUGAGGUGCAGCUUGAUCGACAUUUUCCACCGGAAACGCUGGGGUUCUGACGCGUCGGACGUUCAACUCUACCAGCUACUGGAAACAAUGUUCAACGCAAAUUUGGCUACUUCUAUAAAAUGUGGAUCAAAAAUUCACGACCAGCUCAGGCAACCGGGUCCACUCCACCACCGCAAACAUCUGCCCGAAGAAGUGGAACCACUUCCCGCCAACAAUCGCAUGCAGCUCACCCAGCUGGUACACGACCGGGAAGUGAUCUGGAACCGGUCCCAUCCGGACCACCCCGUGCUGGCCAAACGGGACGAAGCGUUCGACGAGGUGACCCGCGAGCUGGGCAUGUCGAUGCCGGAGUUGAAGCACCACUGGCGUACGCAUGGCGGCAAAAUGGACACCAAAAUCAACAACCAAUCGUGGCCAUCAUCUCGAACCCGGUAGAAGUUGAAAGGAUGGGCAGUCGCAUGCAGGAGGUCAAAGAUAAGUAGACCCAGGUCGAGCCGGAAGAUUACAUCGAAGAUGGUAAGGCCGGCGGCGUGUUUUCAUGCAUUACAAGCAAGUCCAUCUGCAAUUGGGGCUGUGAUCCGCAUAGCCGAAUCCCGCAGGACGAAGUUAAAUCCAAAUCGAAGAAGAGCAUCCACCAAAUCCGUCUCGUCGAAGGUGACGCUGAAGGGGCGGUCCACGGUCUAUCCAGACUCCGAGCUGGUCGAAGUCGCGCACGUCUAAAAGCGGGACAAGAUGUAACAACUGUUGUACUCUUAUUGCAGUCGAAAAUUAAAUCAAUUUAUUUAUAUUUUUGUAAUAAAGAAAUCCUCAUUUAAUUCUUUCAACAAGUGUAUGUAUCUGCUUUUUAUUCCUUUAAUCCAGUUUAUCUCAAAAAUCACCGUUUAAUUUAAAAUUAUUCAAAUUUUCAUUCAAUUCCGUAUACUAUCCAUAAGAAACGAGAGCGUUGUGACGUCAUCACUUGAAGCAUCGCAAAUGUUGACACUUUUUUGCUUACUAAUACUAAACCAACACGUUUUCAGCCCAACCUUUCUUACAGUA